AUGAACAUCCACAUCCCUUCACGCCAUCAGCCCUCUCUACGCAUACCCGAAAAUCUUCCAACGCCGGUUAAUCAUUGGCGCACCCGGUUUCCAAUGCGUUCUUGCGUGAUUCUAGUUUCAUCGGACCCCUUUCAUGCUGAUAGCCCAGCGUCCGAGAAGUUUUGUCCGGCCCAACUAGGAUUUCCAACUACUACUCCCAAUGAGGCUCGACUGAUUAAUUCCGCCGUGCCAAUAUUCCACUGCACUUGCCGAUGUCUGGACACCGAUGAUCGGAACCUCGGAGGGCGAAAGCGUCACCGUAGAAUGGAGGCUUUGGGAAAUCUAGAGAGCAAUACUCUGUCUUAUAGCCACGGAAGUCAUAGGGUACAUAACGAGAAGACUAUGUUAUUGAGAAACAAAGGCAGCGAGCUCCGCCGCUUAGACCGCUACUUCCUCGAAGUAAUUAGACCUGAUCUCGCAGGGUUGUUUGGUGAUCUCAUCUUUGUGGGAGAUGUUCGAUACUCCAAUCUUUUGCCUGACUUUGAGCCCCUCCAGUGUCCUCCUGCUCUCAUAUAUAGCUACAGAGGCAUUUUCGAUUCCGAGCUCACCCAGCAAAGCCAACAGCGCAUUAUUCUAGCCAAGUCACUAUCUACCAGUGCCUGUACCUCUCCAUAUAUCAUGGCUGCCCUAGAAGCUCUAUAUCAAUACAACACUCUUCCACUGCAUCACCAACUAGGCUUACAGUAUCCUAUGAGUACUCCAAUGCUACGCCGCUAUGUAUAUACGCUUACUAGCUUCAGCCUGGAAGAUAUUCGCAAGACGAAACAUCUGAGCAAGAUAUGCUUACGGCAUAUUAGAACGAUUGUAAUUGUUAAACCAUGGCGGAAGGGACUGCAAGAAAGUGUAGAGGUGCAAAGUGAAGGUGAAUGGAUCUACGAACAUGUACGUACUCGAGAGGUGGCGGCACCAGCUGAUGCAGCAACCAAGAAAUCUGUGCCUCACCAACUGGGUAACGCGUUGAAAUGGCUUACGCUAACCCUCACUCCACCGUUUCCGCUUCCGUGGACCUAUUACUUCUUCACAUUUUCUAAUGAAGACGAGUGCCUUCAACAAUUUCGUAAUUUGCGUCCUGCGCCUUUGAGGGAUUCCGUGAAACCUGCGUUGGAUACUGCAUCUUACCAUGUGACGGGGAUUAUGACAAGGCCCAAGAAGGCUAAUAGACAGAGUUUACUCUGUUCAUGUUCCUCGUUAUGUGAUACCAUGCUGAAGACGCUCUCAAAGAACAGACGCUCCAAUAUCAAACAGCCCGCCUCUACCGAAGCCAGAAGGUUGGUAUCUGCUAGAAUGUGGGGCAAUAUACUACAUCAAAUAUCAACUAUAUCAUAUUACCACCUAACCUGGAGUGAGAAAGCUAAUAGGAUGCAAAUUUCUGUUCUGAGAUACCCUGUUGCGCCCUACAUUAUACUAACCACUGUGUAUCGCCCACCUUGA